ACGAAGAACGUGAGCAAUCCGAUCAGAUCUCUCAAACGCGAACCGAUUCCACACAAAAGGCAGUGCGGAGCUUACUGGAAUUCGGGCGAAUGUGCAACGAAAGUGAAACGAAGAGCAGCAGAAGAACCGGAAGUGAGAGAAACAGAAAAUUAGAAUACUUUCAAUUUAAGGCAGUCUAAGCCUGGAGCACACUCACUUAAUUCAAGUCACUGAGGGGCUUUGAACAAUUGGAUCACACUAAGUGGCAGGCAGUGUAACAUUCGAACAUUUAAAACACACUUAGUUAAUGGUGCAGUGUUAGCUUCGAACAACUGGAACACACACACACACACACUCAAUUGGAUGGAGUGGAAGUGGGUGUAUGAAAGAAACAGCAAAGCAAGCGGCAGGAAGUGGCCAAACUAGCGAGCGAGAGCGACAGGGAGAGAGAGCGAGCGUAAGACAAGACGAGUAAGACAAAGAGAGAUAACCGUCAAACAGCAGCAGAGCAGCGCCAGCGCAAACAGCUUCCAGUCGCAGUCUAAUUUUAGCACACUGAUGUCUAAAAAUAAACAACAAUUCCACAGGCACACAACCACAAACUCGGGCAAACAAACCCAUUGAGAGCAGGAGAGGAGGGAAAUAGCCUGCAGAUCAGAGAGAAGUGUAAAACAGUUUCGAUUCGAAUUCCGCUUUCGUAAGUGUCGCGCGCGAUUAUCAGCUAUUUAUUCCACAGAAGCGCGCUGGCUGUUUAUAAGGAUAGUGAUAGCCCAAAAUCUGCGGCAACGCCAAAGGGUGCAAGGGAACGAACGAAGCAAACGGUGCGAACCGCGCAGGCGCAGCUUACGGGCCUUACAGGGAAACAGAGGCACAGAUAUAACGAAAAGGAGCCAUCACAAAAUGCGAGGAGCGUGAGUUGGCAGAGCGAGAGGAGAGGCUAAGAGAGUGCACAUGACGAGCAAUCGAACAUCGAGCAUAGAACAUCACUCAGCGGCCGGACAUUGAGUUGGCUCGGGCCGGCCCAGGCACGGUCUACUUUCGAGAUUCCACGUUCCACAGGGAAACGACGCCACACGAGAUGCAACAAGAACUGCAGCUGAAGCACUCGAGCACACCAGCAGCAGCCCAAGCAAAAGCACGCGUCACCCCCCCAGUGCAGUUCGAUUGCCCCAGCCGCAGCACAGACACUCGCACCAAUCGCCUAUCGAUCCCGAUAACUCAUUGAAAGACAACUCAGAUCCCUGUCGAUCCGCUUCGGUGCACAAUUGUGUUCUUUCCGCACAAGCGGAAAGCUUCCCACAACUAUUUUCGUUUGUUUUUUUGUGCACGUAAUACCACCGCUCACCCCUCACUAAGCCCCAUACCACAGAGGGAACUCCCCCAAAAAGAUAAACGUUAGUGUUAUCGAUUUUUGUUGCUUUUUGUUUUGUUUUCGUCAAUUGAAUGUGAUUUUGAAACGGUGUGAUUGCAAAAGAAUUAAUAUGCAAAUUACCAAAAAGAAAGUUCCUUAGGCAAGUGAUAAUACGACAGAACUCAAGAGAGUGCACGCAUAUACACAAAAUACAAUAUAUACACAUAUGUCCUACGUAUAUCCACAACACAUACAUAUAUCUGCGUACAUAACAACACAAAGCAAGGCCCAGACAACUAGAAUAUACUCUUUCUACGCCCGGGACACGCAGCAUGCAAACAUGAUUCUCGCAGUGCCAACAUCUAAAGUUAUCGUAGUGCUGGCCGCAGUCAUGCUGGGCCUGACGCUGUCUGGCAGCCCCCUGACCGAGGCGAGUCCUGUGACCACCGAUGAUGGUGGGGUGCGCACGCGCUGUGCCGACAUCCUAGCCGAGUCCAUACAACUUAUCUGCAGAAAUCGCACUCGCUCGCUGGCCGAUGCCUAUCCCAACAGCUUUGGGCGUCGCAACAAGCGCCUCUCCCCCGACGAGAUAUUCUACAGACCACUGCAGAACGGUCCCACCCACGAUUGUUGCAGCCGUCCGUGCAACUACACGGAACUCAAGCAGUACUGCGCUCCCCCUGAAAGUGAAAACUGAAUGAGAAAUCUAUCACUAGAACUAACCACCAGAUACCCUUUCAAGCUAGGCGUACCGUACAGUUGCAUACAUAAAUAUUGCACCAGCAUCCAGAUACUAUUCACCACCAGCACCAGCAGCAGCACCAGCAGCAGCACCAGCAGUAGCAGCAUCCAGAAAAGCACCAGCAUCUACAACCACAUAGAGUACACAUACACUUAGUAUAUUCCACUAAUUUAAAUUACGCUCUAAUUGCACUUUGUAAAAAUAAACAUGCGAAUGCGAGAAAUCCUUCUAGGAAAA